UCAGGAUGAUCGGUCUAUUCAGCAGUUCUAUCACCACAUGCGUGGUUUUUGGCGUGAGUUGGAGGUUUUUCUCCCUGCUGGCAGUCAUAUUGCUGCUGAUGUGAUUUUUUGGGAUAUGCGUCGCAUGUACGAGUUUCUGAUGGCUCUCCGCCCCGAGUUUGGUCCUCUGGUUGGUCAGCUUAUACAUCGUGACCCCCCUCCCAGCCUCGAGACUGCAGUUGCUGAGUUAGUCGUCGAGGAGACUCGUCUUCGCCUACUAGGUGGGGUCAAGUCUACUCCUGCACCCUCUAGUUUCUCCGGUGUUCUUGCUGCAGCUCCCUCUAGUGUUUCCACAGCUCCCUCUGGUCGUCCUACUUGCCCUCAUUGCAUGCGGCCAGGUCAUACUAUAGAUGACUGUUGGAAGCUCCACCCCGAGCGUCGUGUUGGACCUCGUGGCCGCGGCCGCCGUGCCUCCACUUCCACUGUUGCGGCUGUUACUCAUGCACUUCCUUCUCCUGCUCCUGCUCCUGCUCCUGCUCUUGCUUUGCCUCAGAUUGAUAUUCAGCAAUUUCAGCAGUUCCAGCAGUAUCAACAGCGUCUUGAGCAGAUGACUACUUCUUCUAGCACUGGUAGCACUCCCGCACCCUCUGCUUUCUCAGCCACUGGAUCCGUCUACCAGCCGGGUGAUUGGCAGUGGUCGUAGAGUGGGUGGCCUCUAUCAUCUCCAGUCCCUCCACAUUCCCUCCUCGCGUCCCAGUUUUUGUGGUCUUGCCUCUCCUACUCCUGAUAUCUGGCAUAGACGAUUAGGUCAUAUUUCUGAAUCGCGACUGAAGAGUCUCUCCCUGUCUGGAGCUCUCGGUCGUGGUCCUUUUUCUGCUUUGAGUCCUUGUCUUGGUUGUAAGCUUGCUAAAGCUACAGCACUCCCCUUUUCCCCCAGUGUAUCCCAAACUUCUAGUGUUUUUGAUCUAUUACAUUCAGAUAUUUGGGGCCCUGCACCUCUCCCUUC